UCGAUCACCGAACGAAAUGACUGUUAUUUGUUAGGGAUUGGGGGCGUUCUUUGCGUCUCUCAUUUUGUCGUUUUCGUUUUUAUUUAUUUUUCCUCACAAUCGAUGCCGGGUUGCCUAGAUACGGUUAGUCACGUACGAAAACAAUUUGUUUACACAACUAAAAAAAAAUCGCCUCUCGAUUAGUCGUAUGAUAUUCAUAACCGCGCCACUAGCCGCGCUGUUCCGUCCCAAUCACUCGUCAUCAAUCUAGUAGGUAAACCAGUGAUCGUUUUCAUCGGUAACUGGAAAAAACCUCGAGCAGCACAUAACAUCUCUUGCUUUUUGGCCGUGAUACACUAUAUACUCGAUUCUGUGCCAAUCAGUUGGUGUUUGUCAUCGAUUCGACGACUGCUGCUUCGGCUUUAGAUUGUUGUUGUUAUUAUUGGUAGCACCUAAGUCAGUAUAAAUAUGCCAGCCACAAACCGGAAAAAGUCUGGAGGCAACAAAUUUGAGUUCAGUGAAAAACAGAUGGCUGAUAUAAAAGAAGCUUUUGAAUUGUUUAAUGUAGAUGGAUCUGGGUCAAUCGAAACCAAAGAGUUGAAGGUAGCCAUGAGGGCCUUGGGAUUUGAACCAAAAAAAGAAGAAAUCAAACGUAUGUUACUUAACAUAAAUAAACAACACACUGGUGUUAUAACAUAUGAUGAUUUUGUCACUUUGAUGUCCAUAAAAAUGGCAGAUAAAGAUUCUAGAGAAGAAAUUAUCAAAGCUUUUAAACUGUUUGAUGAUAAUUGUACAGGAAAAAUAACAUUUUCCAAUUUAAAACGUAUUGCCCAAGAAUUAGGCGAGAAUAUUGCUGACGAAGAACUUCAGGAAAUGAUUGAUGAAGCAGAUAAAGAUGGCGAUGGAGAAGUCAGUCAAGAAGAAUUUCUUCAAAUUAUGAAGAAAACCAAUUUAUAUUAAAUAUAUAUUACAACCCUGUUCUAUCAAAAACAUAUUAUUUAUUUUCUGUACACACUAUUUUGUAUAAAUUCUUCACAGUUACCAUUUAAAAUUAACUUCCUAACACUUUAUAUUUUGUGGGCAGGUCAUAUUUCCUUCAUACAUUAAAAACAUAGAAUUUUUCCUCAAAAGAAUAGUUUCAUAAUAAUUUAAGUUCAAAUGAAAACAUUCAAUUCAAUUUUUUUCUGAAAAAUCAGUGUUUUAAUAUUUUACAUACCAAUUAUUAAAUAAUAGUAUUAUUUUUCAGUAUUUUUUGUUCAAUCAUAGGUAUAAUAUUUAUUACCCUAAAAAUAUAAUGUAAUUUAAUAAAAUAUUAUAACCAACAUUUAGAGAAAAACUAUUUGACAUUGGUCAUAUUUCUAAAAAUUGGUAAUAAUUUUAUUUUUUGAUGCAAAAUGUUUUUUUUAUUUGAAGGAAAUUAGUAAUGGCUGUUUUUGUUGUAUUCAUCACAUAAGAGUUGAUUAUAUUAAACAUUACCUUAUAGUUUAAAAAUAAAGCAAGAGAAAAAAAA